AUGAAAUGUCUUGAAGGGCCAGGUAAGACCUGUGGCCCCUUGGCUCCUGAGGAGGAAUUGGUAUCUAUCUCCCAAUGGGAGGGAGAGAAAGAUAAUGAAGAGGAUGAGGAGGAGGGGGAUCUGGAUCCAAAUCUGGCCCCAGACCCUGAGGAGGAAGAAGAAGAAGAGAAUUAUCUUGGAGAUCCAGCUGUACUCAGCGCUGUCCAUAACACCCAGAAAGGUUUUCAUGGCUCCACUGGAGUCAAGACCCCUGGAGUGCUCGGGAUGUCACAUGCCUCCUUGCAUUUUCUACGGCAGACCCUGGACUACCUGUCACCAAUCCCUUUCCGGCCUACGUUCCCCAACACAAGCUCUCCAGCACGGCACUUUGGACCUCGACUGCCCUCCCCAGAUCCAUCUCUCUCCUGCAGCCUGCUGACCUCAAGGCCCCCUGGGUUCAGUCAUCUGACCCAGCUUCACCCUCAGCACCAACGGAUCUUGCUGCAGCAGCAGCAGCAGCAGCAGCAGCAGCAGCAUAGUCGGACACCAAGCCCCCCAGCCAAGAAGCCUUGGUCUCAGAAGCCAGACCCCUAUGCUAACCUCAUGACACAAAAAGAAAAGGACUGGGUGAUAAAAGUGCAGAUGGUUCAGCUGCAGAGUGAGAACCCUCACCUGGAUGACUACUACUACCAGGAAUAUUAUCAGAAGCUAGAGAAGAAGCAGGCAGAGGAAGAGCUACUUGGACGAAAAAACAGAGUUGAGUCUCUCAAGCUAGUAACGCCUUACAUUCAGAAGGCAGAGGCUUACGAGUCGGUGGUUCGAAUCAAGGGCUCCCUGGGCCAGGUAGCUGUAUCGACAUGUUUUAGCCCUCGCCGAGCUAUUGAUGCUGUACCCCAUGGAACUCAAGACCAGGAUAUAGGAGUUGUAAGCAGUCAGAGGUUUCGGGUAUUGUACCGGAUUGAAAAGAUGUUUCUUCAGCUACUAGAGAUGGAAGAGGGCCAGAAGGACAGGCCUCCACAGUCCUGCUUCUCUGAGCAGCAAAGUGACCAGGUUGAAAAGCUCUUCCAGGCCUUAAAGACCCAGGAACAGAACAACAUGGAAGAGGCAGCAGAUGGCUUCCUGCAGGUGCUCUCUGUGAGGAAGGGGAAGGCCUUGGUAGCCCGGCUAGUUCCCUUCUUGCCCCAGGAUCGGGCUGUUAGCCUUCUUCUGGUUGUCACCCACCAUCUGCCCCUCCUGAUCCAGAGGGACGUGACUGACCAGGCCCUACAAAUGUUAUUCAGACCUCUAAGCAAAUAUAUUGGUUGCUUGACCUUUCAUGAACUCCUCCAAGGACUUCGGGGACUAAUGCUGAGACCACCUGGCUCCUUAGAGAAGCCAGUCACUGUGGUGCUUCAGAAUCAGUUUGGAAUAUCUUUGCUCUAUGCCCUGCUGAGUCAUGGGGAGCAGCUGGUAUCCCUGAAUUCUUGCCUAGAGAAAUCCAACAGUGAGCAUACAGCUUGGACAGACAUAGUGGUUCUGAUUGCCUGGAAGAUAGCCCAGAUGCCUACUUCCUCUCUGGCAGAACCCCUGGUCUUCCCCAGCAAUCUACUUCCCCUGUUCUGCCACCACGUGGACAAGCAAUUGGUUCAGCAGCUGAAGGCCAGGAUGGAGCAUGCCUGGAUCUACUGAUUUGUUUGUUCUGGAAUACAUGUACAUGGAAAGUUUAAUCAUCAGACACUAGCUGUAUAAGCUAUGUCUAUGGAGUUCCAGAGUCUGAAGACAUUUCUUACGCCUUGAUAUAUUAGAGGAACCUGCCCAAAACAUUUUCAUAUCCUUUGUUCAAAAACCUAAAUGAUGUGCCUAAAAAUAAGUCAUGAUAUAAUAAGGUAUAAUUAAAGAGAUGACA